UGAUGUUCCAUGCGGUUUCUUCACCCAGGGAAAUCUUUGAAUAUGUAAGGGGGGCUUGGUUCUAUUUUUGCGGGGAAGAUAUCAUCGCUUUUUUCUCACUGUUGAGGUAAGUUCGUGCACCGGAAGUGCCACAAAUUUGAGGAAUAUUAAUGGCAAACUUAAGGAUAUGUUCGUGGGUAAACUUACAAAAGGGCAGCUACGCAAAAAUUUGCUAAUUGCUUCAUUAAAUGUUUGCCUAAUUUCAUUCGAAUUAGCUGUGUGUCCUGUAGUGUUUUACGCACACACACACACACACACACAAGGCAUCUUAUUUGUGCUUAAUGAGUGCCACUCGAAAUAACCAUUAAACCACCCAACCACCCAUUCUGUUUUCUGCCAUCAUUAAGUAAAUCUCCUUUUCUCGAUUUCAGUUCAACUGUUGUAACUGUUGCAGUCCAUCUCCUAAAAAUGUACUGAAAAUGUAUGAAAAGUAAAGCUUUAAGGCGAGCUUUCCAUUCUCUUCUCAAUGCAAAUUUGAACCCACCAUAAUUUAAGAGAGCGAAUUAAGAGUGCGAAAAAGGCAGGGCGAGGGGUUUGUUUUGCUUUCGGUUUAUUUGAUUGUUUUAAAUGAUUCUAAAGUGCUGACUAGGGAAUCAAACAAAAAAAUUGGACUUACUUCAAAAGUAAGUAAAUGAAGUAAUUGGUGUCAGACUAUUUAAAUAAUAUUAUUUACUUAAAAAUAAUACUUUUUCCCAGACAAUAAAAAAAUAAAAAUAUUAACUUACUAUUGCUCAUAAAAACAUACGGCUUGCGAGUUGGUAAGGUGCGGCUUAUACUUAUUAUGUAUUUUGGUGCUUUUAGGGCAUACUUGAAGGAAUUUCCUUUAAGAUAUGCGUUUUCGGGGUUACGCAUUGUCUUCACAGUUUAUCACUCAUGCCUCUGAUUAAAUAAAUUAUUUAAUCUGGAAACAUGUCGUAUACGUAAUUUUUAAAACAAUUUGCUAUCAACGUGUCGUAUGACUAAUUUUUGAAAAAAUUUUGCGUCAACGUGUCGUAUGAGUAAUUUAAAAGAAAAACAACAUGCAAAGUUUAAAAUAAAUAUGUUUGAUAGUUUAAUAAAUUUAUUGCACACCAAAUCCUACCAUAUUAAAUGGUAAGACCAUACUGACCAUCCUAAAGUACAAAUAUAAUGGGAAUCAAUUUUAAACCAUUACAUUUUUAAACGAUUUUUUUUUGGGGGCAUUUGCACAAUUUGCUCUUAAGCCGGCAAUAACAUGAUCGCAAUGACACUUUCCUCAAUUUUUCCACGAUUUCCACCUGCUCAAAACAUCAGAGCUUUUCCUUUUCCACCACACCAAAGAAGAGAGCAAAAGAGAAGAAAAGCCGAAAAAGAGAUUUUCCGAUGGGAAUGCCGUUCGGCUUUGCUUUCGGCAAUGGUAUUAGUGCACACACACAACACACACAUAGCGGAUGCUGACUGUUUGCAAAAAGAAAAUGGAACAGAAAGCACAACAACACAGAGUUGCCCGCCAUCUCUCCGUAUUUCUAUGUGUGCGUUUGAGUGUUAUUCGUAUGCGUAUUCGUCUCUGCUCGGCGAACACGAACGCUCGUCUGCAGCACUUAUCUUCAUGGGAUAAAUCUCAUUGCUGGUCGCCGCAGUCUGUUUUCUAUACGGGCGUAAAGCGGUCGUCGAGCACGGUUUAAAGAAAUAUUAAGAUAUACCCCAUAAAAUAAACAAAAUAAAAACAAAUUUUAAAGACUAAAAAAAAAAAAACAACGAAUUAGCCAAAAAAAACGAUAAUGAAAAAUAUAGAGAAAAUAAAAACAUACAUAUAAUAAGCGGCCAAUACAAAUUAGAAGCGGAAGGAGUUAAACAAAUUAAGUUUCAAUUUCAAUUCCAGCCAAGGAUAAAACUCAACCCCUAGACAAAAAAAAAUCAAAAGAAAAAAAGCUCAGAAGGAGUAAAAACUCAUACAAAAGAGAAGCCAAAUGAGGGAAAAUGAAGUGCCAAAGUGUUGAAAAUAAAGCGAAAGCCAAGAGACGAAAUUGAAAUUGAAAUCGAGUAGAAGAGAAAAAGGUUUUACGUUCAGUUUUCGGUAAACGCGCGAGUUAACUUCCGUUUCGUUCCGUUGCGUUUCGUUUCGUUCCGUUUCGUCUCGUUUCGAUUGAAUCACGCUGCCGUUUCCGUUUCCGUUUCGCUCGGCAAACAUUUAAAUGGCUACCAGCUGCUUAUGAUGGAGACAUUCCUCGUCCUGGGCCUGUGUUUCAUCCUGUACGAGGCAUUGGAUUUCUUUCAGGGCUGCAUCCACAGUAAUACCCCAUCGCCCAGUGACCAAAUCGAAGCCUAUCGCCGCGAACUCGACGAACAGCGACAGCAGCAGCAGCAGGAACAAUUCCUAGCGGGAUUGACGCCAUUGCUGGGCGCUCAGUUUGCCGCUGCCGCCGCCGCGGCCGCCGCUGCCGCCGGUUCGCAGUCGACGUUGGGCAGCACGACCACGCCCACCGCCUCCACGGCCAGUGUGAUCAGCGAUUCGUACGACCAGGAAUCGCAAUCCCAGUCGCAAUCACAAUCGCAAUCUCAGUCUCAAAAUCAACAGCACUUGCAUUCGCUGAGCACUCCCGGUCUCUUUCGUCCCGCCGCCUUGGGUUACUACGAUCCGGAGGAUCCACUGCAUGCCACAAAUUCCCUGCCGCGGGACUACUACUAUCUGCAGCAGCAGCAGCUAAAGAAUAAGGUCAGCUCAAGGUCACUGCUCUCCAAAUUCUCGUCGACAAACUCCGAUAAUCGCAUACAUCCAGAGGCGGGUGCCGUUUCAGGACACAGUGUUUUGGGAGCAUCGGCUGUUAUAACCAGUCAACCCCUUCCAGCCGGUGAGAUACCACCCAGUCUCUUUGAUCAGCCCGGAAAACCGGCGGUAGUGGCACCGCUGCAAUUGAAACCCUCAUCGCCACUUUUCGUAGAGCUAAAAAGGGCCAUCAUCAGUCAGAAUCAAGGUCAUUCGAGGACACAAAAACAACAACUACUGCAACAAGCACAACAGGAAUCACCCGAAGAAUCACAGUGCCCACAGUGCGAAGAGGAACAGAUACAAUAUCUGGCCGAGAAUAUAGACGAUCUUGUUGAAUCCGAAGAGCAGCAGUAUUCGCCUGGCGAGGAAGAAGACAACGAGGACGACGACGACGGCGAAGAGGACGAGGAUCGGGAGGAACAGCAUUCGUACGUGGGUGGAGCCACCAGUGAACCGGACAUUUGCGCCGCCACACGACAGCAACAGCUGACCAGGAUCCAUCACAUCGCCAUUGACGACAUUGCCAACGGACAGGAUCUUCUUUCCGUUUCGGGCCACACGUUGGGCGCCAAUUCUCACGCCGACUUCAGGGAAAUCGAGUGCGAGCGACUGCGACGCAACUGCGAAACCACUCAACACAAUCGCACACGUGUGGUGUCCGAAGAGUACUAGUAAGGUUACAUCCAAAACUACCAUAACAUACAGAUUCUUGCAUAUUUUAUUUCGAGAAAAGGAUGUUGAAUUAUUUUAUUUUUUUGGGUUCAGAUUUAUGCGUGUUGUUCGGAGCACAGUUUUAAAUCCUGCCUUCCAUGUGGUUGGUACUCUCGAAACUUUUUACUUUUGUUUAGAUUGUUGGGUUAACUUUCCUUUUUUUUGCUACCCUGCUUUCGUUUUUCUAGUUUCUAUUUCAGUUUUUUUGUUUC